AUGCUUUGUAUCUCGUGUAAAUGAUUACUGGAAACACUUAAAUAAUAUUCUAUAUCAGCACAUGCGUUUAUAUUAUAUAGACUAGUGCUAAUAAGAUUAUAACUAAACAUAAACAACAAUGUAACUCCACUUGUAAUACUAUAUAUUCUGUAACAUGUAAUAUAAAAACCAUACUGACUACAACUUUUUCUAAGGUCAUUUGACUCAACAACCUUAUAAUUUAUAUAAAAUUCUGGUAAUGUAAUAGGCACACAAAACGGUGUUAAAGUAUAAAAAUGAGUGGAAAGUUUCAACACUCACUCACUCGGUCAAACCUCCACUCUACUACAUCACCAACUCUCUCUAGCCUCGAAAAAAGACCGAAACUUCAUCCCACAUACUAUCAGUAUAAUAGCCUGCAUAUAAAUAUACUAACAUCACAAACCAUUUCUUCCAUCCACACAAAGAAAGAGAGUAGAGCUACCACAACUAGCAAAUCAAAGAUUCAUUUCUCUCUCUCACACACCUACAUACAACUAAUUAAUAUUCCAUUUUUAUAUCUUCAUUCAAAUGGGUAGGCUCAUCGACUUUGAUCUUCCCCAGAAUAACAUUCUUUCAAACGUAGCCGGCGGUGGCGCAAGCAAUGAUAACCCGUUGGACCCUGAGGAGUUUCGGCGCCAAGGCCACAUGGUGAUUGAUUUCAUCGCCGAUUACUACAAAAACAUCGAGAAGUAUCCCGUUCUUAGCCAAGUUGAACCGGGUUACCUCAAAAAGCGGCUCCCAACAUCAGCACCUAUGAAUCCAGAAUCUAUUGAGACGAUUCUAGGUGAUGUCCAGGACCACAUCGUUCCAGGAAUAACUCACUGGCAGAGUCCCAACUACUUUGCAUACUUCCCUUCCAGCGGAAGCAUUGCAGGCUUCCUUGGAGAAAUGCUAGCCACUGGCUUUAAUGUUGUUGGAUUCAACUGGAUGUCUUCUCCAGCCGCUACUGAGUUGGAGAGCAUAGUCAUGGAUUGGCUUGGUCAAAUGCUCAGACUCCCUAAGUCAUUUCUUUUCUCUGGAAACGGAGGCGGUGUCCUACAAGGAACCACAUGCGAGGCGAUCUUAUGUACUCUCGUUGCUGCCCGAGAUCGAACUCUCAGAAUCAUUGGAAACGACAAUAUUGGAAAGCUCGUCGUUUAUUGUUCCGACCAAACCCAUUGCGCUUUCAAGAAAGCUGCCCAGAUAGCGGGGAUUAACCCCGAUAAUUUUCGAGUCAUCCCCACAACUUUAUCGUCUUCAUUUUCCAUGUGUCCCAAAGCUUUGCGAAACACUAUAACUACUGAUGUUGAGGCUGGACUCGUUCCCAUAUUUCUACUGGCAACUGUCGGGACAACGUCCACAACUGCUGUUGACCCACUCGGACCUCUAUGUGACGUGGCAAAGGAUUACGGAAUGUGGGUCCACGUGGAUGCGGCCUAUGCUGGGAGCAUUUGCAUUUGCCCAGAAUUUCGACACUUCAUCGACGGAGUGGAAGGAGCUGACUCCUUUAGCUUUAACGCUCACAAAUGGUUCUUCACCACCUUAGAUUGUUGCUGCCUUUGGGUGAAAGACCCCGCAGCGUUGACACAAUCAUUGUCUACUGAUCCUGAAUAUUUGAAGAACAAGGCCACCGAAUCAAAGCAAGUGGUUGACUAUAAAGACUGGCAACUCGCUCUAAGCAGACGAUUCCGUUCUCUCAAAUUGUGGCUUGUGCUCCGAAGCUAUGGAGUCGAGAAACUACGUGGGUUCCUACGAAGCCAUGUGAAGAUGGCCAAGGUGUUCCAAGGUUUUGUGGAAGCUGACAACAGAUUUGAGGUUGUGGUUCCAAGGAAUUUUGCCAACGUGUGUUUCAGAAUAUCGCCUUCAGCAGUAAUGAAUAAAAGUAGUAAUGGAGUAUUGGGUGAGAUAACUAACAGUAAUGAUAUUAGUAGCCCAAGAACAAAGACAAAGAUGGGAAUGGUGAAUGAAGUGAACCAGAAAUUGAUGGAGUCGAUUAAUGGGUCAGGUGGGAUUUACAUGACCCAUUUGUUAUAUAAAUUAAUAUAA